AUGCACCGCCUUUUCUUCAUCGACGAGAUCACCCUCGCCAUCGUUAACCAUGUACCCGCCGACAGGGACCUCUCAGUCCUCGCCAGAGUCUGCCAGUCGUUCAGCGAGCCUGCUCUUGACGUCUUGUGGGCGGCCUUGCAUUCCAUCGUACCUCUCCUUAAGUGCCUGCCGCCUGAUCUUAUUGAAGAGACACUCCACGACAAACAAAGGCUCGCGGCAUAUACCCUCAAACGCCCAUUCACUACCACCGACUGGAACAUCUUGUUGAAGUACGCCCGGCGCGUCACGGCUCUUAUCAGUAUGAUCAUCGAUCCUGUCGAGGCUUCAAAGCGCGGGCGUUUCUACAAGUACGAGAGGGUCGACGAUGCCAUCUUUGGUGUCCUCUGCAACCCUCCAUUUCUGCGCCUUUUCCCGAAGUUGCGCAAGCUCGUGUGGUGCGACUUGGAUGCUCGGGAGCCGCUGGCGUUUCUGCGAUUACUGCUUGUUCCAUCGAUUUCAGACCUUACCGUUGUUGUGGAACGCUUGCCCAUGGAUGUAUGCACCCAAAGUCUCAUCGUCCUGUUGCCAAACUUCUGUCCUGCGGUCGAAAACUUCUGUUGGGUUCAUAAUGGGAUCGUCUCACGGACCUCAGAUGCCCUACGCUCACCGGCAAGGGUUUCCAAUCCUUGUCAUCGUCUAAGGUCCUCGAAACCCUGGAUACGGUUCUAGACAGCCCUCUGCAGGAUGGUAUUGAACUUUGUGCUCACGCGUUUCCCGGACUGAAGUCCUUGACCCUGUGGAGCCCUCCGAGACAUUCUCUGGCAGCCAUUUCGAGUCUCCUGAGGAAGGC